ACAGUCUGAACGCCUGUUUGACCUUGGGACUACUUCCUUUUAGUCAGCACCUGUUAUAAAUAAGCAUGCAAAUUGCCACCCAUCUUCGGUCUAUUUGCACACCAUCGUUUAACAAGGUCGCAAGCUCACUGAUAUGUCCACUACAGGUAAUUACGUUUUUUUUACUUUUAAGACUUCAGAAUAUUCGCUUUUACGCUGUUCCUGGAGUCAAAACUGCUUAUGUUCGUGAUAAGCCUCAUAUGAACAUCGGUACAAUAGGACACGUUGAUCAUGGAAAGACUACCCUCACCGCAGCUAUCACAAAAAGUAAGAAGCAAUCUAAAUUCAUAAAUUCUUCUAGUACUUUCUGGAAAGAAUAACUCUGUCUAUCGGAGCUAUGAAGAGAUUGAUGCUGCUCCAGAAGAACGAAAACGCGGCAUAACCAUUAAUGCAGCAGUGGUUGAUUACUCAACAUCUAAUCGGCAUUACGCACACACAGAUUGUCCUGGUCAUGCCGACUAUAUAAAAAAUAUGAUAACUGGUGCUAAUCAGAUGGAAUGCGCUAUUCUCGUCGUAGCAGCAACUGAUGGCACUAUGCCACAGACUAGAGAGCAUUUAUUAUUGGCUAAACAGAUAGGAAUAGAAAGAUUAGUUGUUUUUAUCAAUAAAGCUGAUGCGGCAGACCCAGAGAUGCUAGAACUGGUUGAACUUGAAAUCAGAGAUACAUUAAAACAUUAUGGGUUUGAUGGAGAUAAUACACCAAUUAUAAGUGGUUCUGCCCUUUGUGCACUGGAAAAUCGCGAACCUAAACUGGGUAUUGAAAAAAUUGAAGAAUUGCUUGAUGCGAUUGAUUCAGUUCCUUUGCCGAAACGCGAAAAAGAUAAACCUUUCCUACUUCCUAUCGAACAUGUAUUUACCAUUACUGGUCGAGGUACUGUUGUUACAGGUCGGAUAGAACGUGGAAUUCUUAAGCUUCAGUCACCAAUUGAAAUAAUCGGAUAUAGUCAGACUUUAAAAUCCACUGUCACAGGGAUUGAAAUGUUUCACCAACUUUUGGAUCAAGCAGAACCAGGUGACCAAGUUGGCAUCUUAAUGAGAGGAGUGAAACGAGAUGAAGUAAGACGUGGUCAGUUUGUUGUGGAACCAAAGUCUAUGUCAAUACAUGACUAUGUUCAGUGUCAGGUUUAUAUGCUUUCGAAGAAAGAAGGUGGUCGUAGUAAACCAUUUACGGACAAUCAUCAGUUCCAUGUUUUCAGUAAAUCAUGGGAUUGUCCUGCUAUUCUAGUACUCCCUGAAGGAAGGGAGAUGGUUAUGCCAGGGGAAGAUGCAGCUGUGAACCUACACCUCCAUAGAAAAAUGGCUCUUGAGGUCGGACAGCGUUUUACCAUUCGGGCUGAUUCCUCUACUAUUGGUUAUGGUGUUGUUGGUAAAAUCCUCCCUGGUCCAGGUCCAUUCAACUGGUCUAAAUAAUGCCCGGUUAUAUUUGUAAUUAUUUUCAACUUUUGUGCUUCAUCUAUUACUGAAUAAAUUCUUACCCCUCUGUUAAUAUCGAGUCACGCUUAUCAAACGAAUUUAACAUACCGGUCUUCUCAAAUCUGGUUUUUCUCUUCGCUUUCAUCCUGGAUGUGUAACGGGAUAAACAAGUACUUAAAAUAAAUUCGUACAACACAAAUGGUGUUUGGGUUCUUAUCAUCGCCGACGCACGAACGGGAUUAGCCUAGGUAAUACACGGAGUUAAAUAGAAUACCUAUGUUCGUAGCACAUUCAUACUUCUGUCGACCAUCCAAAUCAGAGUAAUGUCAACGGGCCACUUACGUGGAGAUAAUCUUGCGGAAUAGGUUUACCACUUAUCGAUUUUAAAAAUUGAGUCGAAUUAAUAUGGAUCCCUGCCGCUUAGAUCUAAAUUUCACAUUCCAAGAGGAUAUAUUGACAUAAUUAUUGCAGAAAUAUGAUCUGAGGAUUCUUAUCACAUGUUACCUCAGCUAAAACCAACAAUUAAAGGAAAACAAGUCAAGUAAUCUACUAGUUGAUGUUUCCACUCAAUACAAGAUACCUGGAAUCCCACUGUCAAUGGUUUCAUCUUGACAUUACCGAGAAGUUUGACAGAAUUUAAUUCGGAGCGAAUUCAGCUUCAUCCUCCCAUCUGGCUCAGUUGCAGUUUUAACAGGCAACAAUGUGUAUGUAAAUGAAGUCGAAAGAGUCCUAGAUGAUUCAUCAAAGUUCCUGUUUGGUAAUUAGUUUGCUUCGGCAAGCUGUCGCUAACAGAAGUUUGUUACCGAACUUACUUAUUCCAAAGGAUAUAGUUAUAAAUUUCUCACUAUCCUGGUAAGUUCUGUUUUUCAUAACUCAGUGACGUACUAUAUUAUUUCAUGUUCUCAUUUAUUCAUCUUGCACUGCUAAUCUAUUAAGCUUUAUGGCUGUUUAUAUAUCUAUUUCACGUCAGUUCUCAUUAUCUAGAAAUGUGUCUCCAUAUGGCUUGAAAUUUUUCUCUUAGAGUUUUCAUAUUUACAUUCGGAAAUUUAAACCCACGUUGUGUACGCAAGCAAUUUGUUGUAACCUUCAAUUUACACUGUUA